AUGUCUUCCGAGGGAUCCUCUCGCGACCCGGUCACCAACGACCCAAAGGCCACAACAAGUGGACCUAAGCCUAUAGAGGGCUAUGCCCCACUCGUUCACCAAAGAGAUGCACUGGUGGCGCUCAACGAGGUGAUUAGAAAGCUCAUCAUGGAGCGAAGUGUAAUCGAGAACGACAUAACUCACCAGCGUGCCGUCCUCAACGAUCAAAUUGCACGCCUCUCUAACACAGAUGAGAGCAUACAGACCCUACAGAACGUGUGGGGAGAUAUGGCAGCCGGGUUUGGACACCCGUCCCACAAGUAA